AUGGUGCCAGCUAAUUUACAGCUGGCAGACCCCAAUUACUUUAUACCAAGUAACAUUGAUGUGUUGUUGGGAGCUUCCAUUUUCUGGGAUAUCAUGGGUACCAAGAGGAUCCGACAUAACAAGCAUGGACCUUUGCCGUUAAAAGAAAAAAUUGAAGAGUUAGGAGACUCAUUUCAAAUAGCGACAAAACGAUUAAAAGCGUUAGAACGUAAAUUAGAAAAACAACCAGAGUUGAAGACAUGGUAUCACGAGUUCCUAAAGAAAUAUUGUACAUUGGGUCAUAUGAGUAAAAUUCAACUAAAAAACGAAUCGAGUGAUACAGCAUACUACAUCCCUCAUCAUGCUGUAGUAAAGGAAGACAGAGGAGCGUCAAAAUUAAGAGUUGUAUUCGACGCGUUGUGCAAAACGGCCACUGGAAAGUCAUUCAAUGAUUUGCUCAUAGUUGGACCCAUCAUUCAAGAAAGUCUCUUUGAAAUUGUUCGGUUGAGGCAGUAUAAAUACGCAAUGAGCGGAGACAUAAUUCAAAUGUACUGUCAAAUCAAGGUGAGAACAGUGGAUCUCAAGAUACAAAGGAUAUUAUGGCGGUGGAAUAAAGAAGAGCCCAUUCGAGUAUUUGAACUUAAUACCGUGACAUAUGGAAUGUCGUGCUUGCCAUUUCUAGAAAUUAGAUGCUUGAAGAAAAUAGCUCAACAAAAUAAUGACAAAUACCAUCAAACAAGCGAAAUUAUAUGA